CGCGCGCGCUACGGACGUGACGUUACUUUCAGGCCGAGGUUUUUAGUUUUAUUUUUCUAGGAUUCUCGCAGAGCUGGAUGAAUUAUUUUUUCUUGGAAUUAUAGAAGUUAACUCUAUUUCUAACUAUUAACAUAUUAACUGUGAAUUUCAUGCCAUAUGAUAAGUUCUGAGUUUAACUUACGGUAUUUAUGACCAUAUUCAUACAAUAAUUCAUAAUAAUCUAAUUACAUAUAUUCAUUUUGACUAUACGAUCAACCUAUACUCUGUCACUUUGAAACCAUUCAUAAUCAUAUUUGACGAAGAUUUGUAUUUCAUAUCUGUAUUCUAUUCCUUAAGGAAUAUAUGGUUAUAUCGUAUUUGAAUACUUUAACCCACGUACUUUAUGUAUCUACAGGAUCUAUUCAAACCUCUACCUAAUAUCAAGAAAUAUAUAUAACCGUGUAUGUUAAAGGACUGUAUUCACUAUUUUAUGAACUAUCAUUUAAAUCGUAUUUGGAUACUAUAAAUCAUUUAAUUUUCAAAGCUACCUGUCCAAUUCGGUAAGUCUGUCAUAGUUUUUUUUUCUGACAGUAUUUUUUUUCCAAAAAGCUGUUUCAUAUAUUUGUUCAAGAAGCAACAUAAUAAUCUUAGACGGUAAUAAUCUUCUAAACUACUUGUCUCUGCACCUCCCAAUUUUUACUAAUACGGACUUUCAGUUUAUAUAUGUAUCACGUACCGUACUUUUUUGAUUGUUUGUUACUAAUUAUUGACAUUUCUAAAUUACUUUACCAUAUAAGGCUAUCUUUCAUGUCAUAUGUGUUAAAAUUUAUACAACUUGCUCCUUUAUAUUCUAUUUUGCCUCCACACAGAUACUGACAUAAAUACUUCAUCUCCACUACUAUCUUCCUGCCAUUGUCAUCUGUUUUUAACACCACUAAUCCUCACGAUACAUUGACCCUUGGUUAAAACAUAGAUUUUGAUUUUUAGACUAACUUGAGCCCUUGGAAUUGGUUUUUUUUUUUUCACCCCUUUCUAUUUCCAACAUUCUGUUCAAUCCACCUGCUAUACGUCACUUUCUUAUCAUGCCACAAAAGAAAAUGAAGACCCCUGCUUCUAGGCGUCCAGCCAAACGUAGGAAAACGACACAAUUUAACACCACUACUGACACGAUUUCCAACAGUUUCAACGAGACGAGCCACUCCGUUCAUCUGGAAGCAGACAAGCUUUUACCAGUUGUCUCCAUUCCAGACAUGUUGAAAACUCUGAUGGUAAACAGUGAUGAUAAUCGCAACUGCAACCAUAUGGAUGCUAUAAAAAAUUUGCAAGUAGACAUGAACAUUCUCAACCCGCUUAAAUAUCUCAUCAACCCCAACCUCACAGAGACUCCAGAUCAAAUGAAUGACAUAAAUAUUUUCCUAGAUCGUGUUGCAUCAGAGGUAUUUGAAAGAAUAAGACGAUCUAGUAAUGCAAUUGUGUUUAAUAUACCGGAUACACAUGCCCUUAAAAAUAUCAAAUCUAGUCUCCUUAGAGCCAGCAAUAUGACACACGUACCAUGUGUAUGCACAAGAUUAAAAAGAAGUCAUCCUGGUAUGCACUCACCGAUCUUGUUCAAAUUCAACUCAUCUGUAGACGCCAGUGAAUUUUUAAAUUCCUCCAAUUCAUUGAGACAAAAACAGAUUUUCAAGGAUAUUAAGACUCUUCCGGAUAAAACACCAUGCCAGCGAAAAGCAGGAAGAGAUAACUACCGACCACCAGCGUCAAACUCUCAAACGCAUCGUAAUCCUAAUGGUCGUAAAGUUAAGUCCGAUUCUAAGGGGACGUCUAGCUUAACAAUUUUGCCGUCACCGAAAAACUCUUCUGAAUCUCCUAAAGUUCAAAACCCAGAAGAAAGUAAUCCCGAUGUAUGUGGUGUCCAUCCUCUUGAGAAUGUUGACUUAGAUUCAACCCGAAGUAGUUGUGCUGAUGAAGAAUGGGAUAACACAAUCCAAACCCCUGUUAGUGCAACACCCAGUUACAGUAACUGUGCAACGGAUAACAGGAAAACUAAUCAUAACAUCCAUAUAACUGACCACGCACUUAACGUUGAUAUAUUCGAACCUCGCAAACCAUCGCAAGUAUGUUUAACAGUACACAAUCCCCUCCAACAUAUGAAGAAGCCGAAAUCAACCACAACCCUUGGAAAUAAACGUCUUAAACACGUUACCCAUACGUCAGGUAUAAAUAGUUAUCUGAAUUGUAAUUGGCCACUUGGUCAAAACCAUAGACCUGAUAGCCUUCUUGGUCCGGCUCCCAAUAUGUACACUAUGCCCUUAUCAGAUGUUAGAUCCAACAGCAAUGAGAAAACUUUUUUUGUAAUUCCGCCGGCUUUCCUGCCGGCAACGGUAAACAUAUUUCACAUGAUGACAAAGUGGUUGAAUCUUUUUCCCCUCGCAACACAACUCUUACCUUAGCUAAUCCUAUGAGUAUUCAUGGAACUACCAAUUGCGAUUUAUACUCCAACCUACUUCACUAUGAUGACUCUGAGUUUCUUAUUCUUUCGUUCAAUGCCCGCUCUCUGUCCAAUAAAAUUAUUCAUCUUAAAACUCUUUUAUUCCUUGUAAAUCCAACCAUUGUACUUAUUACGGAAACGUGGUGUAAUUCAUCCAUAUCCGAUCAUUCCUUGAAUGUAGAUAACUACGUUUUCUUUAGAACCGAUAGAUGUUAUGGAAUAGGAGGCGGUACAAUUAUCUAUGUACGUUCAGACAUUCAAGCGUGCAAAUUUGAGGAUAAAUCCCUUGAUGCUAUAGAAGACUCUACUUGGGUUACUGUAAACUGUGGAUCCCAAAAUUACUUACUGGUGGGAUGCAUAUAUAGACCACCUCAUGCGGAUACUAAGUUUGACAGAUUACUAACAAACAUAUUUUCCAUUGCUUCGCAUCAACCUCAUACUUUUAAAAUCAUCGGAGGUGAUUUUAAUCUGCCAAAAAUUACAUGGGGCUUGACUCCGGUGCCAGGUCGAUAUAACAAGCUAGUUGAAACAUUAGAAAUUUGUGGAUGGGUUCAACAGGUCCGAAAACCAACCAGGGGGAAUAAUACACUUGAUUUAAUGUUCACAAUCAACAUAGACUCUAUCUCAGUGCAUACCAGUCAUGAGUUUUUUAUGAGUGACCAUAAAGUUGUAUUGAGCAUUAUUCACUCUUUAAACGCCAUACAAUUGAACUCUAAAACUUCAACGACGUACCAGAGCAGAUAUUUUGAUCAACAAACAUGGAAACGGACUGAAACUCUCAUUCGAUGUUUACCAUGGGAAACUUAUUUUACCACAAAUAAUGUUGACAUUGCGCUUUCCAAUCUAUAUCACAACCUGAUAUAUUGUCUUGACUGCACUGCUCCAGUUAUUGGCCGUGUGGCUUAUAAUGCUAAUAGGGGCCAAAAUACUUUUAAAAGAAAGCUGAGGAAAUUAAAAUACCGCUACUAUGAACAGAAUGAUGUGUAUGCACUUCAGAGUAUACUUAAAUUAAUCGACAGAAAUGCUUCAUCUAAACAUAAGUAUUUCAUGAAUAUAGAAAAUAAAGCUCUACGUAGUAAAAGCCCAGAAUUAUCAAUACUUCGACUUUUUAAAUCCCGUGUAAAGUCAAAUUCCCUUGGCACGACUAAAUUCUUCAUAGUUAACGGAAGCAUUGUUAACGACCCGAAUACUAUAUGCGAACAAUUCAGCAAGAAAUUCUCGCAGUGCUACAAAACUGGAACUGAAAACUCCAUCAUUUCAUUUCCAAUGCUAACAUCCAGACAUCUGUCGAAAAUUGAUUUCACACCCUCCAACAUCAAGCAGGCCAUAACUACCCUGAAAAAGUCUUAUGAUGGUGGACCUGACGGGAUACCUACAUCAUUUGUGAAAUAUGGAAGUAAAGAAUUUCCACUAUUUUGUUUGAAACUUUUCAAUCUGUCUAUGGAAUAUGGGACCUAUCCAUCUGCAUGGAAAACAUCCCUUAUCACCCCUAGAUUCAAAACAGGACCACGUAGUGAUAUUAUUAACUAUAGGCCAAUUAAUUUGACAUCCGUGCUCUCAAGAACCAUGGAAAAAAUCAUUCACAAACAGCUACUAUCAUUUUUACUUUCAGCUAGUCUGAUCAGCCCAUCCCAACACGGGUUCAUGACUAAACGCUCAUGUUUCACAUCGCACCUGGAGUUUUUUGAUCAAAUUACCCAGAGAAGAGAUGUUGGUCAGUCAGUGAUAAUUCUUUACUUCGAUUUUAGUAAAGCUUUCGACAGUGUCUCACACAAACUUCUUCUUUUAAAACUCUCUUCAUUUGGCAUACAGAAUCCCCUUUUAUCUUGGCUCAAAUCUUUUUUAGAAGAACGUAGCCAAAUCGUUCGCUAUGGAUCUUGCUACUCUAAACCUGUAAAUGUAACCAGUGGGGUUAUACAAGGAAGUGUGGUUGGUCCAUUGCUCUUUCUCCUUUUUAUCAAUGAUGUGUGUUCCCUCUUUCAGUAUGGUAAGCCUUUCCUUUUUGCUGAUGACCUGAAAGUAGUUUAUUCAUUCUCUUCUCCCACGAAAGAAAGCUAUAUUUCUGCGAUAAUCCAGGAGGAAAUAAACAAGUUGUACGAAUGGACUAUUUCGUGGAAUAUGCCAAUUAAUGUUGACAAAAGCGGAUUUAUUCACAUUGGUCGCUGUCUUAACUUAAAUCUGACUGUACAGACACAUACACUCAAACCUCUCAACACUGUUCGUGACCUGGGUUUAAGAUAUAGCAAUAGUCUGAACUUUUCUGAACACAUUAUAUCUCAAGUAUCCAAAGCUAGAAAGCUCAUCGGAUUGAUAAUGAUAAACUUCAAUAAUAUCGAAUCGAGAUUGUUACUAUACAGAAAAUGUGUCUUGCCCAUUCUUGAAUAUGGUAUUUUAGUUUACAGUAAUUGUAGACAUAAUGAUCUGAUUAGAAUUGAAGGUGUUCAAAGAAAGUUCACCAAAGCUGUUCUGGGGUAUUCCGAUAACAAAGACUACUACCAAAGAUGUCAACAACUCAACUUAGAACCUCUUUGGAUCAGACGUAUCAAAUUAAAUCUUGUCUUUAUCUACCGGCUCAUUAACGGUAUUUCCUACUCAUCGGUAUCUACCCCUUCAUACCUUAUAAUAUCGUCCCACAAUCUACGCAAUAAGGAGAAUAUUCUAGCGAUUCCAAGAACCCACACAAACUUACGUCAGAAUUUUUUCCUUAUUCGCUACUCAACCAUGUGGAACAGACUGCCAGUGAACCUCCGUUGCAGUGAAACUACAACCCGGUUCAAAAGUCUCCUUGACGAUUUUCUUUCCGAAAGUGGAUUAUGCCACCUAUUGAAUAUCAAUGUAUUCAAUAAUGAUUUAUACAAACAAGGUCCGUCAUUUAUUUAAUUGCUUGAAAAUCAAAAUAAAACCUUUAAAUCUUUUCACGUCUAUUUUGUUUUAUUUCUCUUUAUCUUAAUAUAUGAAGUCUGAUUAUGUUCGUGUUUUAUCAUUAUUACCGUUAUUAAUAUCAUUAUUAGUUCCCCGACACAUUAGAUAUUCUUUUUGUAUCUUCUUACCCUUCUAAACAUAUUUAACUCCAAAUUGUCCUUUGAAAUCAAUCUUGACUUUCAUAGCAUCAAUCUUAAUUAUUAUUGAACAAUUGUUUAUACUAAUGUUCGCUUUCACUCUGUAUAUUAUUACAUAAAUCUACAUGCUAUUUAUCCGAGUGCAUUAAAGGAUUUUUAUCUUAUUUUUUCUAAAUUGUUGGUUUCCUUCUGAGGUUGAUAUUCAUUACACAAUUAUUAUUCUUAUCAUGGAUCAAAACUUUUCACUAGGUGUUCACUUCUUUUCUCUUUUCUUUCCCUCUAAAUAAAUAUUCUUAAGACUACGAAGUUUUUAAUUAAGACAAUAACUUGUGUUUUAUCUUCACUAUGCAUAUAUGACUACUCAUACACAUAGAUAUUUUAUUACCUUUUUCAUUUAAUUGAGACUUUCAUAGCAUCACUCCAAACUAUGUGACUGCACAGACAUUUAUAUUCUAGCGUCAUAUCUUACUGCAAUUAUAAGUUAUUUUUUCUUAAUUAUUUUUUGUUACUAAUUUAACGAUACACACAUAGUCGUUUAUUCUUGUUCUGUGUUCAUAAACACGCUUAUUAGACUGUUUGCGUAUUUCAUGUCUCCUUUAUUUCUAUUCUCUUAUUUUCUCCAUUUCCUUCUUUAAACCCAAUUCAAUAUUCUUCUCAAUUACAAAGACCCCAUUUAUUAUUAUUAAUACUCUACUAUUAUUAUUCUCAAUUAUCUAUUUUAUUUUCAUUAUUAUUAUUUUUUUUUAAAUAUGGCAAGUAUAAUGCUAACAUUAUUGAGAAUUGUGUAUAAUUGCAUUUUCUGAAGAAACCCGAAAUGGUUUCUUCACAACACUUAUGUACCCAUAAGAUGUUUGUGAAUAAUAAUAAUAAUA